AUCAACGCACUCCGCUCCUCCCCUCGGUCGGCCGACAGUGGAGUACACUCCAUCCCUAUCGCCUUUCCCACGCGUAAAGUCACCGCUAUGACGACACAGGCCGAGGCACCCCUCCCGAACGUCUUGAGCCGCUUGGAGGCUCUCGUCAAGCACCACAUGGAACAAUACGACCCGUCACAUGAUUGGGCUCAUGUGGACCGCGUGCGGAAUGUGGCCCUGGACAUUGGGAAGACUCUGCCGGGGGCCGACAUUGCCGUCAUUGAGGUCGCCGCGUUGAUGCACGACCUCGCAGAUGCCAAGUACUCUCAGUCGGGCUCACUUCCGGACAACGUGACGCGUGUCCUUGACGAAGCUCCAGCGUCAGAGCUGUCUCGUGACCAAAUCGACCUGAUACUGAGGAUCGUCCCCGCCGUGUCCUACUCGACUGAGAAGAAACUCAGAGCCGCUGGCGGCUGGGGUGAUUGGCACAACACGUGUGUCGAGCUCCACGCUGUCCAAGAUGCCGACCGGUUGGAUGCUAUCGGUGCCAUUGGGGUGCUGCGCUGUGCCGCCUUUUCCGGAGCGAAGAAUCGAAUUCUGCUGGAGGAUGAGCCCAACACCCCUGGGAACAGCUGCGAGGGACACUUUUAUGACAAGCUGCUCAAGAUCAAGGAUCUGAUGAAGACCAAGGCGGGCCACCAAGAGGCCGAGAAGCGUCACGCUACGAUGGUAGCUUUCCUUGGUGCUCUCAACCUGGAACGAAAUCUGUGGCACCAGUGAACAGAUAUCCUGGCAGAGGAUGACCCAUGUUGGCGUCUUCAUCUCGUUUCCAGAUAGGCAUAGACAUUAGAUAUG